AUGGACAUCACAGGGUCUUGCUCAGCUUGUAGCUGGAGCCCUGAACGUCAAGAAAAUUGCCGAUAUGAAAGCCACGUCAAGCUAUUCUACGGAGUGAGCGACAGAGGCGUGUGGUCGUUAGGUUCACACUUGAUUUUGAAAGAACGGUCUAACAAGCCUCCGAACUUUGAAGCUUCGAAUAUCCGCUUCUUGAGAGAGAAGACUUCUAUUCCUCUACCUACAGUCGUUGAAGAUUGGACAGAAGAAAAUGGACGCUACUUCAUGUUAAUGAAACGCAUUCCUGGGAAACCCCUCAGCACUCUCUGGGCGGACAUGCCAACAGACGAGAGAGAAAAAAUAGCAAAACAAACCGCCAAUUCCCUGAUGCAACUUCGCAAGUUGCACUCUCAUAAGAUGCAGGCUCUGAAUGAUCAGCCAAUCUUUUCUGCUUUCCUUUUCCCAAACGGUUAUGGUCUUCCGCAUGGGCCAUUUUCAUCUGACGACGAACUUUGGGUGGAGAUGGAUAUGGCUUUGAAGGGAGUUCCCAAGGACGCUCGCUUGCGACUUCGAGAACGUAUACCACCUGCAGCACCCUACACUUUUACUCAUGGUGAUCUUACUUACGUCAACAUCAUGGUCGAAAAUGGCCACCUCACGGGUAUAAUCGAUUGGGAAGCUUCUGGGUACUUCCCAGUGUGGUGGGAGUUUACCUGUUCUGGAAUUGGUUUGAGCCAGGAAGACAAAGAGUGGAAAACUUUGUUACAGAAAUAUAUGCCUGAUUACACAGGUGCUCGCGAGUUCUGGUUGGAUUUUUAUGCCCUAUCUAAGUAUCCAAACUUGGAUGAAAGAGGAAUGGAACUGCUCAGGGAUAAGGACAGAAGCAGUCCUCGAGAGAUGUAUUGA